AAUGACCAGCAAGUGUAUUGUGAAACCCGGAACAAUCCAUUUUCUCAUUACUCAGUCAUUUCUAUGUUUGUUCCUCUCUCCUACAUUUCCUGGAAAUAUCCAAACGGAACAUUCCUCAACUCCAUCAAUUAAUUAUAACAUUCCUCAAUUCCAGCAAUUAAUUAUCUUUUUAUUUACUCUUGCAUUGUUUAUUUUUUAUUUAUUCUUACCAGUAAGAUGGUGUUCUCUUACAAGAUCUUGUUUCUGUUUUGUGUUGCGUGUUUGAGAUCAACUAGCUUCGUCGAGUCUCGCAAUGUGACUGAUCUUCAGGCCCUGCUUGAAUUUAUGUCCAAAAUCACUCAUGAUCCUUUUCAGCUUUUGAGCUCAUGGAAUGCUACCACCCAUUUUUGUCGCUGGCAAGGCGUGACCUGCGGCCGCGGCCGGAGAGUCACGGUGCUGAACUUGCAGUCUGCAAGACUGUCAGGCUCUAUAUCACCUUAUAUCACCAACUUAAGCUAUAUGAAGUCACUCAAUCUUCAAAAUAAUAGCUUCAGUCAUGAAAUCCCACAACAGAUUGGGCAUUUAAGUUACCUGGAAGAGCUCAACUUGAGCAAUAAUUCUUUAACUGGGAAAAUUCCUACAAGUAUAUCGAAAUGCUCAAAUCUGAUUGUUAUUCAAUUGGGUUAUAACAAGCUGCAAGGAGUUGUUCCUGAAGAACUCGGUGCCCUCUCGAACCUGCAAGUUGUUUCUAUGCCUGCAAACAAACUGACAGGAAAAAUCCCCGAUUCGCUUGGAAAUAUGUCACAGCUUUAUGAAUUGUUUCUCUCUGACAAUCAAUUGGUUGGCAAGGUACCAGACUCUCUAGGCCAGUUGAGAAAGCUGAAAGUGUUGGCUCUUAGAUCAAAUGAGCUUUUCGGUACAAUUCCUUCGUCACUCUUCAAUAUUUCUUCUCUCCAGCACAUAGACAUAGCACAGAAUCAUUUCCAUGGAAAUCUUCCAUCAGAUUUCGGGUUGUUGCUUCCCAAUAUUCGAUGGUUUGCAAUCGACUCAAACGAGUUUACAGGGAAAAUUCCUGCUUCAUUCUCUAAUGCCACAAAUCUUGAAUUAUUGUCUCUGAUCGAAAACAAUCUUACUGGAGAAGUUCCUUGUCUAGCAAAGUUACAUAAGCUUCGGGCUUUUUCCGUUAGUUUCAACAAUCUCGGAACAGAAAGAGCUGAUGACUUGAACUUUCUCCGUUCUCUGACCAACGCAACAGCGUUGGAACAUCUAGGCAUCAAUGGAAAUAGCUUUGGAGGAGUCUUACCUGACACCAUAGCCAAUCUUUCUACUAGUCUGAGAGUAUUGUUACUCGAUAACAAUCGAAUAUUUGGAAGCCUUCCAUUUGACAUAGGAAAUCUUGUGAGGUUAGAAGAUUUUGAAAUGUGGAAUAAUCAACUCUCAGGUUUCAUUCCAGAGAGUAUUGGAAAGCUUCAAAAUCUAAUGGUAUUGGCUUUGAACAAUAAUAUGCUUUCAGGAAACCUUCCAUCCUCUGUCGGAAACUUGACGAGUUUAGUUCAAUUUCUAGUACAAAAUAACAAUCUUUCAGGGAGGAUUCCUUCAGAUCUUGGCAGAUGUCAAAAUUUGGUUGGAUUGGAUCUUUCUGAGAACAAUUUUACUGGUUCCAUACCCUCUGAAAUUUUAAGGAUUUCUUCAUUGUCAACUCAUCUUAAUUUAUCUGGAAACAAUUUGUCCGGUAACUUGGCAAUUGAAGUAGGAAAUCUGAAUAACCUAAGGGAACUCGAUGUUUCAGGAAACAAAUUAUCAGGCAAAAUUCCAAGCUAUCUUGGUAAUUGCAUAAGCCUGGAGAUACUAAAAAUGGAUGGAAAUAACUUUCAAGGGCUGCUUUCUUCAUCCUUGAGUUCAUUGAAUGCUCUAAGGAUUUUAGAUUUAUCUCACAAUAACUUGUCGGGUGAAAUUCCAGAGUUUUUGUCAAGUUUUGGUGUAUUGCAGUUUUUGAACCUCUCGUACAACAAUUUUCAAGGCAUAAUGCCCAGAAAAGGGGCAAUCUUUCAGAAUGCAAGUGCUAUUUCAGUGGAAGGAAACAAUUUGCUUUGUGGAGGAAUUUCUGAAUUCCAAUUACGCAUAUGCAAUUCUAGAACGAAGAAAACGAGUAGAUCGACACUAGGAUUGAAGACAGCUAUUGCUGCAAUUUCAGGAAUCAUAUUGUUAUUUUUUAUUAGUUUCUGGAAGCUCAGCAGGCAGACGAAACUGAAACAAAGAACUGAUCAAGAAUACUUUUCGUACAAGAAUAGGAUGAUGGAAUUGUCUUACCACACACUCUAUAAAGCUACUGAUGGAUUUUCUUCAGCAAAUAUGAUCGGAAUGGGCGGUUUUGGAUCAGUCUAUAAAGCCUGGCUUGACAGAGAAAAAGAAGCUUUAGUUGCGGUCAAGGUGUUUAACCUUACACGUGGCGGCGCUAACAAGAGCUUCUUAGCUGAAUGUGAAGCGUUAAGAAACAUCAGACAUCGGAAUCUUGUGAAGGUGAUAACCGCAUGUUCAAGUGUUGAUUAUGAUGGAGAUGAGUUUAAGGCUCUGGUUUUUGAGCUCAUGGUCAAUGGUAGCCUAGACAAGUGGCUGCAUUCAAAAACAAGAAACUUGAAUCUUCUGCAGAGACUAAAUAUAGCUAUGGAUGUUGCGUGUGCGCUUGAAUAUCUGCAUCAUCAUUGCAAACCACAAAUUGUUCAUUGUGAUUUGAAGUCGAGUAAUAUUCUUGUCGAUGAAGAGAUGAUUGGACAUGUGAGUGAUUUUGGGUUAGCUAGCUUCAUUCUUCAGUCAGCUCAAAAUAAUUCUACUCAAAUCAGCUCAAUGGGAGUCAGAGGAACAAUCGGUUAUGCUCCACCUGAGUAUGCAAUGGGAAAAGAAGUUUCGACGUGUGGCGAUAUAUACAGUUACGGAAUCCUCUUGCUGGAAAUGUUUACUGGAAAGAGGCCUGUAGAUAAAAUGUUUAGACAAGGUUUAAGUCUUCAUAACUAUGUAAAGACUGCAUUGCCAGAUCGAGGGGUCGAGAUUGUCGAUCCAAUUCUACGUUCUGAGAUCGAAGAAAGCGAGACAAGCAUAGAUGGUUCCGAUGGUGAGAUAUGCGCAGGCAGAAGUACUAACAGGCUAAUUGUAUGCUUGAAUGGGAUACUUAAAGUUGGAAUUUAUUGUUCCGUUGAUUCGCCUAUAGAACGGAUGAGCAUUCUCGUUGCUAUAAGGAUGUUGACAUCGAUAAAGAACGAACUAGUUGGAGUAAUCGGAAUUGGAAUUCGCAGCGAAAGACAGUCUUCUACUAGUAUUCAAUCAAAGAUAAGGAAUAUUAGGGAUCUGCUCUGACCAAAUAGCAAAUUGUUUAUGUUAUGAUUAUAUAAUUUGUCACUGGAAGCACUUCUAUAAAUUAUAGCACUAUAUACAGGUGAUAGUUCAAGAAAAUGCAAGCCAAUUUUCUGAAAUUUUAUGAAGACAAAACAAAUUGUCUUUAACCAUAUAAUAUGAUUUAAUAUUUUUUAUUUA